AUGACAAUCUUUUUGCUACUCCUUGGGCUUCUAGCCCCACUGGUUCUCUGCAGUCCAAUCAGACAUGUUACUCCGCAUCUUUCCCACUCUACCCCAAUACCGAGAGAUAUGCAAGGCAAUUCUUCGCAGUCACCCAAUACCCCAUGGCAGGGAUACGAUUUAAACACGAACUACUAUGAAACCAUCCCACAGACCAAUGUUGUCCGCGAGUACUGGUUUGAUAUCGUCAACACGACCGCUGCUCUUGAUGGAGUUGAGAGACCAGUGCUUCUGGUCAACGGCCAGUUCCCAGGGCCUACUAUUGAGGCAAACUGGGGUGACACCGUUAAAGUUCAUGUUACGAAUCGCAUGGAAAACAAUGGCACGGCCAUCCACUUCCACGGAAUUCGACAGCUCUACAACAACCAAAUGGAUGGCGUAGCAGCGUUGACUCAGUGCCCUGUUCCCCCGAAUUCCAGUUAUACCUAUGUCUGGCGAGCGGAAGAAUAUGGGUCGAGUUGGUAUCACUCACACUUCUCCCUCCAGGCAUGGGAAGGGGUUUUCGGAGGCAUUUUGAUUCACGGCCCUUCAACAGCGGAGUAUGACCACGACUUGGGAAUGGUCUUUCUCAAUGACUGGUCGCAUCAAACAGUCGACGAGAUGUAUCAAUCUGUACUCGAGAGUCAAAAUCCGCCGCAUUUUCAGACAGGCCUUAUCAACGGAAGCAAUAUCUGGGUCACUGCAGAUAACCAAACCGUUGGUCGUAGAUUCCAGACAGAGUUUGCACCAGGCCAGAGAUACCGGCUUCGGUUGGUCAAUGCCGCCAUGCAUACCCAUUUUAGGUUCUCAAUUGAUAAUCACGACCUCACCGUUAUUGCCAGUGAUUUUGUUCCUAUUGUACCAUUCACGACAAACAACGUCCCCAUCGGCAUGGGACAACGGUAUGAUAUCAUCGUGACAGCAAACCAAGCUCCGGAUAACUAUUGGAUUCGUGCAAUCCCACAGUCAUUCUGCAGUGACAACGCGAAUCCAGACAAUAUCAAAGGAGUCCUCCAUUAUGAAGGUGCUGCCGAUAACAGCGAUCCCACAAGCACAAAGUGGGAUUAUGGUGACGACAUUCAGUGCCUGGAUUUCUCAUUAGAUGAGCUUGUCCCGUGGCUUGCCCUUGAUGCAGAUAUUGGCGGUGCCCAGAUGGCCGAGUCAGACGUGGACUUCACUCCGUUCGGGGAUGUUCCCUUGUAUUUGUGGACCAUGGGAGGCAACGCUCUUAACAUCUCGUGGAAAGAUCCCACGUUACAGCAAACCUUCGAAGAUCCCGACAAAAUGGACUGGACAGCAAGCCAGGGCGUGAUAGAGGCUGCGAUCCCGAAUAAAUGGACCGUGUUGGUUGUCCAGACAGAUCUUCCUGUUCCUCACCCUAUUCAUUUACAUGGGCAUGAUUUCUAUCUCCUUGCUCAGGGAUUCGGCCAAUUCAAUCCACAGAACGUCACGCUCAAAACGCAUAACCCUCCCCGCCGCGAUACUGCACUCAUGACCGCUGCCACUCCUGAAAAUGGUGGCGGCGGCUAUAUGGUUAUUGGCUUCCCCGCCGACAACCCGGGUGUAUGGCUGAUCCACUGCCACAUUGGAUUCCAUGCAACAGAAGGAUUCGCGCAGCAGAUUGUCGAGCGACAGAGUGAGUUCAACACGUUCUUCAGCGAAGACUUGCUGGAGAACACUUGUGAUGCGUGGGACGAGUAUGCCAAGGUGAAUCCCUAUGGACAUCAGUACCGGGGUCUCGCUGGGCCAUACGAGUCGGGUAUAUAA